AUGUCCUACUGGUCCUCCCGGGCCCACCUUCGAGCCCAUCAUCUCCUCUUCAUCCUGCGCAAACCAUCUUGGCACCCGUCAUCUCCUCCUGGUCCUGCCCAACCCAUCUUGGUGCCCAUCACCUCCUCCUGGUCCUGCCCAAACAAUCUUGGUGCCUGUCAUCUCUGCUUGGGCUGGCUGGACACAUCUUGGCACCUGUCAUCUCCUCCUGCUUCUAGACCCAUUUUGGUGCCUGUCGGCUCCUCCUGGUCCUCCCCAACCCAUCUUGGCACCCAUCAUCAUCUCCUACUCCUGGACCCACCUUGGCACCCAUCAUGUCCUCCAGGUCCUCCCCAACCCAUCUUGGCACCCAUCAUCAUCUCCUACUCCUGGACCCAUCUUGGUGCCCGUCAUCUCCUCCAGGUCCUGCCCAACCCAUCUUGGCACCCAUCAAUCAUCUCCUGCUCCUCCUGGACCCACCUUGGUGCCCAUCAUCUCCUGCUCCUCCUGGACCCACCUUGGCACCCAUCAUCUCCUGAUCCUCCUGGACCCACCUUGGCACCCAUCAUCUCCUGCUCCUCCUGGACCCAUCUUGGCACCCAUCUCCUCCUGCUCCUCCUGGACCCACCUUGGCACCCAUCAUCUCCUGCUCCUCCUGGACCCACCUUGGCACCCAUCAUCUCCUCCAGGUCCUGCCCAGCCCACCUUGGCACCCAUCGAUCAUCUCCUGGACCCACGUUGACACCCAUCAUCUCCUCCUGGACCCACCUCGGCACCCUCAUCCCCGCCGCACCCCCAUCUCCCCGAUCCUGGAGCCGAAGGGUCCCCCCGACCCCCCCCCCCCGGCACGGCCGCCCCCCAAGUGCCUUCGGCUCCACCCGGGACGAAGCGGGACCACGGGGGGCACCGAGGGGCACCCACUUGGGGGGGGGGCACCCAUCAGAGUAUAUAGAGCUAUAA